AAAAAAAAAAAAGGCGCGAUUCUUCCUCGCAGCCAAUUUGCAGACUCAUCUGCGCAUUCUCUUCCGGUUCAGAAGUGUCCAGAUCUGGCGCCGCAUUGCUCCGCCUCGCUCCUCCUGGCCACGCCUUGCAACGCCUCCUCACGCCUUUCCCCGCCUCGUUGUACUGAGUCUUGAUUGGAUCUUCUUCGAAACAAAAAACCAAAGCUUGAUUUCGAAGAGAUGGGGUACAUUGGGGCACAUGGUGUGGCUGCUUUGCAUAAAUAUAAGUAUAGUGGUGUGGAUCACUCCUACACUGCGAAAUAUGUAUUGCAACCCUUUUGGUGUCGCUUCGUUAAAAUAUUUCCCCUUUGGAUGCCGCCCAACAUGAUAACACUAAUGGGAUUCAUGUUCUUGCUCACAUCUGCGCUGCUUGGAUAUAUAUAUUCACCAAGAUUGGAUUCAGCUCCUCCUAGAUGGGUUAAUUUCGCUCAUGGAUUGCUACUUUUCUUAUAUCAGACCUUUGAUGCUGUUGAUGGGAAGCAAGCACGACGGACAGAUUCCUCAAGUCCAUUGGGGGAACUUUUUGACCAUGGUUGUGAUGCCCUUGCAUGUGCGUUUGAAGGAUUGGCUUUUGGGAGUACUGCAAUGUGUGGAAGAACUACCUUCUGGUUUUGGGUGAUUUCAGCUGUUCCAUUUUAUUGUGCAACAUGGGAGCAUUACUUUACCAAUACCCUGAUCCUUCCUGCCGUUAAUGGGCCCACAGAGGGUCUAAUGCUGAUAUAUUUGUCCCAUUUUUUCACAGCUAUUGUUGGUUCUGAGUGGUGGGCUCAACAAUUUGGAAAGUCUCUGCCUUUUCUUAGUUGGGUCCCAUUUAUUCAUGAAAUUACAACAUACAAAGCUGUGUUGUUUCUAAUGGUAGCUUUUGCUGUUAUCCCAACGGUCACGUUCAAUGUGUGCAAUGUUUAUAAGGUUGUUCAGGCAAGGAAAGCAAGCAUGCUAUUGGCACUGGCAAUGCUUUACCCUUUUGCUGUUCUUUUGGGAGGAGUUUUGGCAUGGGGUUACUUGUCACCAGCUGACAUUAUGGGGAACUAUCCACAUUUAGUCGUAGUGGGAACUGGACUUGCUUUUGGGUACCUUGUGGGAAGUAUGAUUCUUGCGCACUUGUGUGAUGAGCCAAAGGGUUUGAAAACUGGAAUGUGCAUGUCAUUGUUGUAUCUUCCAUUUGCCAUUGCAAAUGCACUCACAGCUAGAUUGAAUGACGGAGUUCCAUCGGUUGAUGAGAGCUUGGUUCUUCUUGGUUACUGUGCAUUUACAGCGACACUCUAUCUUCACUUUGCAACUUCAGUUGUUCAUGAAAUCACGACAGCCUUGGGAAUUUAUUGCUUUAGGAUAACUAGGAAGGAAGCUUGAAUUUUGCUGGUGUUUACUACUGGGCACCUUCUUUUUUUUCCGGGUGCAUGUAUCUUUUUCGUACUCUAAAUAGAAGUAUCCACUUUACAUCCAAUUUCUGAGUUUUCAAUUUCUUUUUUAAGCCAUGCUGGCUAGUCAAGAAAGAUGCAGCCAUAUUGAGGUUUUUUGUCAAUAUAAAUUUGGUAUAAGAUGAGUUGUGAGUGAUGAA